AUGGCGGAUACACAGUUUGAUAGCGCUCUAGACCUUCUUCGCCGUCUAUCCCCUCGAAACACAAAAGAGAAUUUACAUAACAUCACUACACUGGUUCCGGACUUGACGGAAGAUCUUCUGGCAUCCGUCGACCAGCCGCUCGAAGUCCGACGAUGCCCCCGAUCAAAGCGUGACUACUUGCUUUGCGACUACAAUCGCGAUGGAGAUAGUUACAGAAGCCCAUGGAGUAACGAAUUCGAUCCCCCAAUUGAAGACGGAACAGUACCAAGUGAACGAGUGAGAAAACUGGAAAUUGAAACGAACAAAGCAUUCGAUAUUUACCGUGACCUUUACUAUGAUGGCGGAGUCGGGAGCGUUUACUUUUGGGACCUUGAUGAUGGGUUUGCUGGCGUGGUGUUACUGAAAAAAGGAAUCACUCCUGGUUCUAAGAACUCUGGUUCCUGGGAUAGUAUCCAUGUUUUUGAGGCUACUGAUCGUGGACGGACGUGUCAUUAUAAACUGACAAGCACGGUUAUCCUCCACUUAUCAACUGGCUCGGACACCCUCGGGGAAAUGGACCUAAGCGGCAAUAUGACAAGGCAGAUCGAAUCCGAUAUGGCCGUGAAUGGCGAUGAGAGCCAUGUAGCAAACAUCGGACGUUUAGUUGAAGAUAUGGAAUUUAAGAUGAGGAAUUUGCUACAGGAGGUUUACUUCGGUAAAGCCAAAGAUGUUGUUUCUGAGCUUAGAAGUUUACAACCACUAUCUGAGACGAACGAAGAGAAGUCUGCUCACCGCAACGUCAUCAAUGCAAUGAUGAAAUAA